AUGGGAUUUAAUAAGAUUUUUCCUAAUAUAUUUGUAGGUAAUAUAUUAAAGCAUGGGUAUAAGAAAAGGUUAAUCUAUAUAGAUAAAAGAAGGUUCAAUACCUUUAACAAAUUAAGUAGAUCGGAAGAAUCUUAUGUUAUAAAGAAGGCAGAAAAAUGUAUGAACUAUGUUAAAGAGGGAUAUGAAUUAAAGGUUGGUAUGUGGUUAAGUACAUGUAGUUUAUUAAUAUUAGGGAUGAUAAGUAUAGGUGGAUAUACAAGAUUAACAGAGAGUGGUUUAUCGAUAACUCAUUGGAAAUUUCGUGGUAUAAAAUACCCAAGAAAUGAAGAAGCAUGGAUUAAAGAAUUUGAUAAAUAUAAAAAUACACCUGAAUAUAAGGAGGUACAUUAUAAUAUGACAUUAGAUGAAUAUAAGAAAAUAUUUUUUAAUGAAUGGUUACAUAGAACAUUUGGACGUGCUAUUGGUCUAUUUUUUUUAAGUGGUGCUAGUUUUUUUUUAUAUAAAAAUGCUUUAAAAAAAAAUAUGAUAAAAAAGUUAUCAUUUGUAUUCCUAUUAGGUGGAUUUCAAGGUGUAGUAGGUUGGUGGAUGGUAAAAAGUGGAUUUGAUAAACCUACAACAGAAAAUAAAACACCAAGAGUGUCUCCAUAUAGAUUGGUUUUUCAUCUUUUUUGUGCAUCAGCAAUGUAUAGUUAUAUUUUUCUUAAUUCUUUAACAUUAAUUGAACUAGGAAAAAUGAGAAAACUUUUUGCAAAAAGUCAAAUACCUACUUGGCCAGAAUUUUUAAGAAAUGAAUUAAUGCAUGAAAUGUAUGAAAAAAGAAAUGUAACAAAAAAUAUGAAAUUUGGAAUACUUGCUUUUACACUUUUGGUUUUAUCUAAUAUUAUGUAUGGUGGAUUUGUUGCUGGUAAUGAUGCAGGAUAUGCAUAUAAUACAUGGCCAAAAAUGAUAGAUAAAUUUGUUCCUGAUGAUGUUAUGAAUUUUAUUAAAAGUAAAAAGAAAAAAUAUUCUCAAUUAUUUGAAAAUACUGCAAUAGUACAAUUUAAUCAUCGAAUGCUUGGCUAUUUAAUUGUUUUAAACAGUUUCUUAUUAUAUUACUAUUCCAAAUCAUUAGCUUUAAGUAAAAAGACAAAAAGACUCUUUUCCUUAUUACCACUUAUUACAACCACUCAAUUGAUAACAGGUAUACAUGUCUUGGUUCAUCAUGUACCUAUCCACGUAGCUCUUGUCCAUCAAUUUGGAGGUUUCUGUAUUUUAUCAACCCUCCUACAUUUGAUAAAAAAGACGUUUAAAUAA